AUGGCCUCCACAAUGCCACCUGUGCCUGCAAAGGACGAUGUGCACGCUACGUGGAAGUACUUAGAGGCUGGUGUGGAUAAGAUUAUGACCAACCUGCGCGCCGGUGUCGACAUGAAGACAUACAUGGGCCUUUACACCGCCAUUCAUAACUUCUGCACAGCUCAAAAGGCUGUUGCGGGGUCAUCAUUCCACGCCGCUAACAACCGUGGAGGCGCCCAUCUUCUCGGCGAAGAUCUCUACCAGCACCUGAUUGAAUACCUAAAGGCCCAUCUCGCCCAAGUCCAGGAGGCGUCGCGGCAACAUGUCGACGAAGCUCUCCUCCACUUUUACAUCAAGGAGUGGAAUCGGUACACGACGGCGGGGCAGUACAACAACCAUCUCUUCCGCUACCUGAACCGCCAUUGGGUUAAGCGUGAAAUGGACGAGGGCAAGAAGAAUAUCUACGACAUCUACACGCUGCAUCUGGUGCGAUGGAAGGAAGACAUGUUCACAGGGAGCCAGGAAAGCGUCAUGCGCUCAGUCCUCAAGCUGGUGGAGAAGCAGCGCAACGGCGAGACGAUCGAGCAGUCACAGAUAAAGUCGGUCGUCGACUCUUUCGUUUCGCUCGGUCUGGACGAGGCUGACAGCUCCAAAUCUACCCUCGACGUAUAUAAGGAGUUCUUCGAGAAGCCCUUCCUAGAGGCAACCGCACAAUACUACGAUAACGAAUCUAAGCAGUUCUUGGCCGAAAACAGCGUAGUCGAAUACAUGAAGAAGGCCGAGCUUCGUCUGGACGAGGAGAAGGAGCGCGUUCCUCUGUAUCUGCUCAACGAGAUCAUGUCCCCAUUGAUGCGAACAUGCGAACAGUCCCUCAUCACGAACCACUCACAAGCCCUUCGGGAGGAGUUCCAGAUACUACUUGACCACGAUAAGGAGGAGGAUCUUGGUCGUAUGUACAAGUUGCUUGCCCGUAUUCCUGAGGGCCUUGACCCUCUGCGUCUUCGAUUCGAAAACCAUGUCCGCAAGGCUGGCUUGGCUGCCGUAGAUAAAAUUGCUCAAGACGGCGAGAACAUUGAACCCAAGGUGUACGUUGAGGCUCUCCUUGAGGUUCACACCCAGUACCAGGCACUUGUCAACAAGGCCUUCAACGGAGAGUCCGAGUUCGUACGUUCUUUGGACAACGCGUGCCGCGAGUUUGUAAACAGGAACAAGAUCUGCAAGUCGGGCUCCAACAAGUCCCCCGAGCUACUCGCAAAGUACACCGACACGCUGCUGAAGCGUUCCAACGCGAAGAUGAGCGAGGAGGAUGACAUGGAGAAGCUCCUCACACAGAUCAUGACCGUAUUCAAGUACAUCGAAGACAAGGAUGUGUUCCAGAAGUUCUACUCACGUAUGUUGGCCAAGCGUCUCGUCCAGACUACUUCUGCUUCAGAUGAUGCCGAGACGAGUAUGAUCUCGAAGCUCAAGGAAGCCUGUGGAUUUGAAUACACCAACAAGCUUCAACGCAUGUUCCAAGAUAUGCAAAUAUCAAAGGAUCUUAACACAGCAUUCAAGGAGUGGCAGUCUAACAACCUGGACGAGUCGGACCUGAAGACCAACGUUGAUGCGUCGUACCACAUCCUUGGUACCGGUUUCUGGCCGCUUAACCCACCCACUACACCCUUUACGCCCCCACAACUCAUUGUCCAGACCUAUGAUCGUUUCUCACGCUUCUACAACCACAAGCAUCAGGGUCGUAAGCUUACGUGGUUAUGGCAACUGUGCAAGGGUGAAGUCAAAGCCAACUACUGCAAGGUUGCAAACUUGAAGACUUCACCUACCUUCCAGGUGUCCACGUAUCAGAUGGCUAUCAUGUUGCUGUUCAACGAUAGUGACACUGUCACCUAUGAUGAGAUUGCCGAGGCUACCAAGCUCAAUAAGGAGACGCUUGAUCCUAGCCUGGGUGUCUUCAUCAAGGCCAAGGUUUUGCUCCUACAGCCCGAGAACGCCAAGCACGAGUCCGGCACCACCUACAAGCUUAACACUGGUUUCAAGACCAAGAAGGUCAAGAUGAACCUGAACAUUGGUAUCAAGUCUGAGCAAAAGGCCGAGGCGGAAGACACGCACAAGACGAUUGAGGAGGACCGCAAGCUUCUGAUUCAGUCUGCCAUUGUCCGCAUCAUGAAGUCCCGCAAGAAGAUGAAGCACCAACAGCUCGUCUCCGAAACGAUCCAACAGAUCAAGAACCGCUUCAUGCCGCGCGUCCCCGACAUCAAGAAGUGCAUAGAUAUUCUCCUCGAGAAGGAGUACCUGGAGCGUCUAGAGGCUGAUGAACUCGGCUACCUGGCAUAAUCGAACAAAAAGCCAGGCUUAUUCUUCGCCCGCCUGUUUAGAGACGCGGGUGUAGCCACCAGUUCGAGUUAAUGAAAUCAUGGGCU